CAUAGAAAGCUUAAAAAGAGGGUUAAACCACUAGAAGAACGUGUAAAGUGGCUGGAUGAUAAUGUAGACGAACUAUUUACUAUGAAAUAUUGCAAUUGUAGUAAAGAAUCCAUAAAUACUUCGUCCGAGUCCA